AUGGCUAUCGCAUCUCUGGAAAGGGAUGACCAUGGCAAUCCGAGAUUCCGGGGUUGUACCAGCAUCCGCGAUUUUGAGUUCUUGGGCAAGCUGGGAGAAGGUACCUUUGGGGAGGUUUACAAGGCGCGUUCGAAGAAAGAUGGAUCUAUAGUUGCACUAAAGAAGAUUCUCAUGCACAAUGAGAAGGAUGGUUUUCCUAUCACGGCCCUUCGUGAAAUUAAACUGCUGAAGAUGCUAUCGCACCGCAACAUCCUACAGUUAAAGGAGAUGGCUGUGGAACGAGGCAAAGGGGAUGGACGCAAAAAACCAAGCAUGUACAUGGUGACUCCUUAUAUGGAGCAUGAUCUUUCGGGGCUGUUGGAGAACCCGGCAGUGAAUUUCACUGAACCUCAAAUAAAAUGCUAUAUGCUUCAGCUUCUUGAAGGACUUAAAUAUCUACACGGUAACCGCAUCCUACAUCGCGACAUGAAAGCUGCCAACUUGUUGAUAAGCAACAACGGCGUACUUCAGAUUGCGGAUUUCGGCUUAGCUCGGCCAUAUGAUGAGCCUCCGCCUCAGCCCGGAAAGGGUGGAGGGGAAGCUAAAAGAGACUAUACCACGUUAGUUGUUACACGGUGGUACCGCCCCCCGGAACUUCUCUUUCAACUUCGACGUUAUACAACAGCUAUUGAUAUGUGGGGUGUUGGGUGCGUUUUCGGCGAAAUGUUCAAGGGGAAACCGAUUCUUGCUGGAAGCAGCGAUCUCAACCAAGCCCAGCUGAUAUUCAAUCUUGUUGGAACACCAACUGAAGAAAACAUGCCCGGUUGGAGUUCUCUACCUGGCUGCGAGGGCGUGAAAAGCUUUGGGUAUAAACCAGGCAGUCUACGUGAGGUAUUCAAAGAUCAAAGUCCAAUGGCCAUAUCCCUGCUUGAGGAGCUUCUCAAGCUUGACUGGCGGAAAAGAAUCAAUGCUAUUGAUGCAAUAAAACAUCCCUAUUUUUCCAGCCCGCCAUUCCCUGCCCGACCUGGGGAGCUCCCUAGUUUUGAGGACUCACAUGAAUUUGAUAGGAGACGUUUCCGUGGGCAACGAGGCGCCAUUCCCCCGGCACCUGCAGGGGGCUCUGUGGGAAUGGGUCCAAACAGUGGCUGGGCAACUAAUUCCGGCCCCAGACCAACAACAGACAACAGAAAUAGCCGUAUUCCCGGUGCUGCACGCGUUGGCCGGCUCCCUGCACACGGGGUUCAAAACCAUCCUACAAAGCGCCCUUUUGAAAGCCGGAAUGCUGUAUCGCAUGGGUCUUUAAACGCGGGGGAGUCGUUUCCAGGCUUCUGGGGUUCAAAAGAUGGCGGCUUGCCUCCUAAACCCCCUGCGUCUGCUCGUCAAUCAUGGACCAUGGGUCAUUCAAAUAGGGCGACACGUGAGAGAGGUCAACGCAAUCAUUUUGGAGGAUGGCCUGAUGGGAAACUGGAUUCGUACAUCCCGACUUACAGUGACGCUAGUGAACAUUCUCGAGAAAGGAAAGGCAAUAGCCCGAGUUCCAUUGUUGAUCGGCGUGAUCUGGAACUCGAACAAUCUAAUGAGGGGCAUAAACAGGGUCAUACUUGGGACCGUUAUGCUUCAAGAAGACGAAGCCGGAGUCCUGACUUUCGAGCGGCUCGAACAGAGGAUCGAGCAUUAUAUCGACGGUGA